AUGAUCGACGUGAAACACUUGAAAGAAUAUAAACUAGACAAAGAAAAAUAUAAGUUUGAGGAACUGGAUAAGAUGGCGGAACGUGAAAAUUUAAAAGUAUCUAAAUUAAGAGCCAAGAUCGUCAAACAACCGUACGAGGCUAAUCUUCACACAAUUUCUGUGAAGGGCAAUAAUAAUAAGACCAAGUUGACCACGUCUCCGGAACCGCGACUUAUAACCAAAACUAGUAAAAGGCAAAUUGAACCAGAAAACGAUGAGGAUUACGACUACGAUGAAUUAGUGAAUGAAUAUAAUGAAGAAGCGAUCAACGAAUCUCGGUCCAGCAAUGCGUAUCACAUAAGUAAAGCAGUAACAUCUAUAUCGCAAUAUGGAAUUUGGGACGACUUCAUGACACUAUUUUCGUUCAGAAGUACAGACGCUACAAACUGCUCUUAUGAGGAAGGGAUUGGGUUGAUAGCAGUGAAAUGCUUGAUAGAAGACUAUGUUAACCACCGUCAGACAUUGAGAGAAGUGAUGGGCCGGCUUUGGAGAAUCUUCUUAAUAUGGUUCCUCGUGUACUUGGCUGUUGCUAUACCUUUGUGGUGCACUAGAGGUAAAUAUUACCAAAAUAAUUAUUUCAUAACAUCAUCAUCAUCAUCAUCAUCAUCAUCAGCCCUUUUCAGUCCACUGCUGGACAUAGGCCUCUCCUAUUGCACGCCACUGGGAUCGAUCUUCGGCCACUCGCAUCCAGCUCCUGCCAGCCAUCUUAUAACAUAA